AUGGCGCCCAGGUCUGGCAUUACCUUGAAAGACGUGCCAGCUGAUCAUCUGAUUCGAUCCUAUGCAGCGCACCUCAAACAGCAGGGUCAAGUUCGCGAACCGGAAUGGAUGGACGUCGUGAAAACGGGUACCCUGCGUGAGAUGCCACCGCAAGAUCGAGACUGGCUCUACGUUCGAAUGGCGGCUCUUGCGCGCCAGGUUUACUUGCGGCAAAAUCUUGGUGUCGGAGCGUACAGCCGCAAGUACGGGGGUAAGAAGAGGAACGGUCCGCGACCGUCUCAUUUUGCCACAGGGUCGCGCGGAAUUAUCCGAUAUUGUCUUCAAGAACUGGAGAGGCUUGGACUCGUAGCUAGAGACGAGGAAGCGGGCGGUCGCGUCAUCACACGGAAAGGGAGACAGGACCUGGACACACAGGCUGCUCGUAUCUACGCUGAGCGACUUGCGGGAGCGGCAUGA